AUGCAGAAAAAUACGAGGAGAAAAAAGAAGAAGCAUAGAGAAUACAUGAAAGCUGCUAGAAGACCAAUUCCGGAACUGGCUGAAAAAGAAAAGGAAAAAAAGCGACGAGAAUGGAGACUUGUCAAAAAAAAAGAAGGUGGUGUAACAAAACCAAAGAACAACAAGUGUUGUGCAUUAAAUGCACGAUUAUGUGAAAAAUUGAAGAAGCGAAUAACAGAUCAAAAGAAAGUUAAAGAUAAUAUAUUGCUGAAGAAACAUUCUUUACAAAAAACCUAUAUACACAUAAAAUUAAAAUUGAAGAGCUGCGCAAAUUGA